AAGCCGUGUUUCGGACCCGGUGCGGCGCACGGUGUUUGCCUGUUGAAGGCAGGGGUCUCUGCGGCCGCACGCGCACCUGGAGCGCCCGAGACACCGUGAGGCACACAGGAUGGUCCAGAACGUGAUCUUUGUGUUUUUCCGCAGGAGACUGAGCCAGAGGCCGGCGGUGGAGGAGCUGGAGAGUCGGAACAUAUUGAAGCAGAGAAAUGACCAGAGUGAACAGGAGGAGAGGAGGGAAAUCAAGCAGCGACUGAACAGAAAGCUCAACCAGCGGCCGACAGUGGACGAGCUGCGGGAGAGAAAGAUCCUGAUCCGGUUCAGUGACUAUGUGGAGGUGGCUAAAGCUCAAGACUAUGACAGACGUGCAGACAAGCCGUGGACCAGACUGUCAGCUGCUGACAAGGCGGCCAUCAGGAAGGAGCUGAACGAGUUCAAAAGCAACGAGAUGGAGGUUCAUUCUUCCAGCAAGCAUCUGACAAGGUUGCCAUGA